ACAAGUAAGGAUGACGCCGUGGACCGGACACACCGUUGGAGAAAGUAAUUUAUCAGGUAAGCAUAAAUUCUGUUUUUCUGUGGUGCUCAGAGGGAAAGAGGCAGAUCGCAUUGCUUGUGUACUUCCUUCUGGAAGUGAGACCGUUAACUAAAUUUUCCUGCUGCACUGUUUUGGCAGGGGAUGGGGAGGGUCUUCUAGGGUUUGCUUUUGUAAACUCAUUAAAAGCCAUAACAAAUUUUUAAAAACCUUUAGCAACUACAUUCAUUUAUAUAUAUCCACAAAGCGUUUACCAAGCACUCUCGUUUUUUAAUCCAAUUGCCUAGUUGCGGUGCAUAAACACACACAUACUUCAAAAUAGAGACCUCAUUCAUAGGUCUUAAUCAAUCCACCUUAGUGAUUUUUAAUAACAGUAACGUUUCAGGGUUUCCCCCUUUAUGAAACAUUAAGAAGAUAGUGUACAUACCUUAUUAAAUACCCCAUCCCGUUCAUACACAUCCAGAUCUGCCCAGUGAGACUUUCGGUAGCGUCUCCCCGAAGCAACUGCGCAUGCGCGAGUAGCGCUAGGGAAGCCUGUGUGGGCCAACUGAAAUGAUCAAAGUACAAAAAGACCCGUAACUAAGAUACGGCAGGUAACAAAACAUAUCGUUAGAAUGCAGGAUUUAGCCGAUGAUCUAACAAUAGCAAUAUACAUUAUGCAAAUAGGAUAUGAAGUUGAAUAUCAACUGCUUAAAAAGUUUUCUUGUGCGCAUAUGUUAGAUGCCUAUGUCAGUUGCACUGUGAUGUUCUGCAUUGUAUUAGUCUCAAAUGUCUGCUGUAUUAGUCUCAAAUGUCUUCUUCUACUGUAAGUUAUUUGCCCCUGCCAGUGUAUACCUCAGACUGGGCUCUUUAUACAGUUCACUUAAUACAGUGUUCAAAGCACAGAGUUAUGCCAGUGUAUACCUCAGACUGGACUCUUUAUACAGUACACUUAAUACAGUGUUCUAAGCACAGAGGGAAGCAUAGUCUCAAGUGUCUUCUUCUACUGUAAGUUAUUUGCCCCUGCCAGUGUAUACCUUAGACUGGGCUCUUUAUACAGUACACUUAAUACAGUGUUCUAAGCACAGAGGGAAGCUGGCACACUUUAUUUACAAUAAUAUUAGUGGUGCUUCAUACUUUUAAUUUUAACAUAUUUGUUGCUUAAUUUUUUUCUACUACAGCCACUUUAAGCGGAGUGCUCGCCUCCAGGUACUUUUAUCAGUGGUCGACAUUCUUGGCGCUUCACUCGCUUAGUGGUCACAGCAGAAGUGCUAAGAAGGUGCCGGGCCAUUUUUCUUUGGUGCUCAGAGUGGAAGAGGCAGAUCGCAGCGUGGGUGUACUACACUUUGUGGCACUACUUUAUUCCAGGUUUUAAUGUUUUCUUAAAAUCUACUAUCUGAGGUUCUGACUACUAUGCCACCUUCAAGUAAGCCUAAGCAUACACUUAUGUUCUCUAGUUCCUCUACUAGAGAUGAUGUACCAACCGUUUCUGCUGCAGUCAAGCCUGUUAAGGUAUCUGAGUCUGAUCUCUGCUUCUCCCUCUGAGGGCAAGUUGUCUUUUGAAGACUUGUCCUCAAAUUCAGAUCUGUAAUCUAAUGAGGUACCAUUUAAUUUCAUAAGCUUCUAUGUUCCUUAUUGAAGAACAUUUUAUAGACUUUAGGAUCCGAAGCCUGUUUAGAAUAACGCUGUAAAACAACUUCAAACCAAAAUCUAAGUCAGCUGAAGUUUUUCCAGUCAGUCUUCGAAAUUAUCUCCAAGGAAUGGGACAAACCUGGGGUUCUGUUUAUUCCUUCCCCUAAAUUUUAAUAAGUUGUUACUAGUUCCAGAUACUAUUUUUGAACUUUAGGAAACCAUUUCUAAAGUUAAAGGAGCAAUCUCUACUUUAGCAAAAAGAACCAUGUUUCAGCACACCUUUCAGGGAUCCCAUGGAUAGGAAACUGGAAAUUUACCUUAAUGGGGUCUGUUGUUUCAACUAGCUAUGGGUAUCGCUUGUGUUCCAGGCGCAGCGUCUCUCUGAUUACAUUCCUUGUCUGAGUUGAUUUCAGAUGAAUCUUCUUUCAAGAACGUAUAUGACUCUUGUGGUUUUGCUAACUUUCAUUUGUGAUGCUGUAACUGAAAGUAUUUGCAUGAAUGUAAAGAAUACAGCUCUGGCUGUUAUUAAAAGGGCCUUAUGGUUGAAAUGUUCUGCAAGAAAAAUCUUUCUUUGGUCUUUCUUUGGUCCUGGUUUGGAUUCUAUUAUUUCCACUAUUCCACGAGAGGCAAGGGAGCAUUCUGUGGCUCAGUACAUGGAGGUAAUGGGGCUAAAGGUGGCAGCAUCUGGCACCAUUCAGUUUGCGAGGUUUCAUUUACAUCCUUUACAACCUGUCUCAGUUAAUUUAUCUAGACCCCCUGUUCAGACAAUCUUUUUUUGGUGGAUAUAUUUCGCUACAGUUUGGCAAGGGAUGUUUUUUCUUCAUCCGUCAUGGGAAAUAAUUACCACGGACAAAAGCCUCUCAGGUUGGGGCAUGGUCUGAAGUCCUCGGAGGUCUCAGGUAGUUUGGUCUACUCAGGAGCCAAGGCUAGCAAUAAAUAUCUUCAGAAUCUUCAGAGCGCUCAGGCUUGGCCUUUACUCAGAUCAGUUCCCCUCGGUUCUCAGUCUGACAACAUCACUGCAGUAGCCUAUAUCAAUCAUCAGGAUGGUAUUCACAGUGCCCUAGUGAUUAGAGGUGUCUCGCAUUCUAGCUUAGGCAGAAUCUCACCAGUGUAUCAUUUCAGCAAUUCACAUUCCCAGAGUCAAAAACUGGGAAGCUGAUUACUUGAAUUGUCAGACUUUUCACUCAUGGGAAUAGUCUCCAAAUGAAGAUAUUUUCAUUCAGUUGAUUCAUUGCUGGGGUUUCCCAGAGAUAGACUUGAUGGCGUCUUGCCUAAACCACAAGCUCCUCCAUAUAUGGGUUAAGGUCGAGAGACUCUCAAGUGGAACUAAUCGAUGCUCUAGCAGUUUCUUGGUUGUUUCAUCUAGUUUAUCGGUUUUCACCAAUUGUGCUUCUUCCGCGGGUGAUUGCUCAUAUCAAACUGGAACAUAUUUUGGCAAUUCUUAUAGCUCCUGCUUGGCCUCACAGAACUUUUUAUGCUGAUCUGGUUCAGAUGUCCCGCGUGCCUCUGUGGCGUCUUCUUCAUUGUUCAGAUCUAUUAUCUCAAGGUCCUUUCUUUUAUCAAAAUCUUCAAUCUCUGUUUGACUGCUUGGAGGAUGAACAAUUAAUUCUUUCCUAAGGUUUUCUUUCUGACUCAGUGGUGGAUACAUUGAUUCAGUCUCGUUCGCCAGCUACUAGGAAGAUUUACCAUAAGUUUUGGAAAGUGUAUUUUUCUUGGUGUAUGGAGCUAGGUUAUACAUGGGAUUCAGUCAGGAUUCCUCAAAAUUUAUUCAGGAUGUCUUGGUCAAGAUCUUGUUUGCCAGCAUCUUUUAAGGGUUACAUUACUGCACUUUCAGUCUUAUUGUCCUAAUCCAAAAUCUUCAAAAGAGAUUGUUGCACAAUGUGGUCAGAUUCUAUUUGCAAGCUACUAAGGACUUUCUCCAGUCCUCAAACCCAUUUGUUUUGUUCAUGUAAACAUAAGGCCCAAAAGGCCACAUCUGUUACUUUAGCUUCAUGGUUGAAGAGUUUGAUUCACAGGGCUUACUUGGAGGCGGGACAGUCGCCACCUUUACGUAUUAUAGCUCAUUCAAAUCUUUCCAUGUCUACUUCUUGGGCCUUCAAAAAUGAGGCUUCAGUAGACACUAUUUGCAAGGUGGUCAUCUCUGCAUGCUUUUACUAAAUGUUAUUAUUUUGGCAGCUGCCUGAGGCCACUUUUGGCAGGAAGGUUCUUCAGGCUGUUUCCAGUAAAAAGGUGCCGACCUUUUACUUUUUUGUUUCACCGUUUUUCCCCCCCAUAGACUCCUCAGCUUUGAUAUUAGUUCCCAACAGUAAGGAAUUGUGGACUCUCACCACCUUAAGAAAGAAAACAUAAUUUUUUCUUACCUGAUAAAUUCCUUUCUUGGUGGUGAGAGACCACGAACCCGCCCAUUUUUCUUAGUUGGCGGCAUGUUCUAGUUUGCACUUCUUUACCCUACUAUCUUUCUUCUUUCUCCUGUUCUUGGCUAUACAAUAGACUGGGACGUACAAGGAAGAAAGAGGGAUGCUAAAGCUCUGGGAGUAGGAUGUCUAUGCUUCCACCUGUUGGCCAGGUGAUUAAUUCCCAACAUUAAGGAAUCGUGGACUCUCACAACCAAGAAAGAAAGGAAUUUAUCAGGUAAGAAUAAAUUGUUUUUGUUAUACAUUUAGAAAGGCAGCUUCUUUCAUGUACUUUUCUAUUGCAUAUCCAUUAUAGCUGAUAUUUCCCUCGUCUGAUGGAUCUCUCUUUUGUUUAAUUCACAUGGUUUCUGCACUUAUAAUCUAUCAGCAAGAGGUGGCAUCAGUCUGAACAGGGAACCUGAUGAAACUCAGCCUUUCAAUCAAAUCUGUUCUUGGGGGGAACAAAGUGGAGUUAUGGGAAAUUCAGGCACAGGAAGCCUUGCAAAACGGGCAGCUUGGAACUGGUGACGGAAUCCCUGACCUGCAGCCAGGAGUCCUAGCUAGUCAAGCUAUGAUUGAGAAGAUCCUGGGGGAGGAUCCCAGAUGGCAAGAUACUAAUUUUGUAUUGGCCAGCUACAAAACCGAACAAUGCACUAAACCACCCAGACUUUGCCGACAAGGCUAUGCUUGCCCACAUUAUCACAACAGCAGAGAUCGAAGGCGAAACCCCAGGAAAUUCAAAUACAGAUCAACACCAUGUCCGAGUGUUAAACAUGGAGACGAGUGGGGAGAGCCUUCAAAAUGUGAUAGCGGUGACAAUUGUCAGUACUGCCAUUCCCGCACAGAACAACAGUUCCAUCCAGAGAUUUAUAAAUCCACAAAAUGCAAUGAUAUGCGGCAAACUGGAUACUGUCCAAGAGGACCUUUUUGUGCCUUUGCACACGUGGAACGAAUUCCCUCUGCAGAAGAGGCAAUGACUGUUAUGAUGCAGUCAAGCUGCCUUUCAAAGCAAGGUCCGGCCCUCUUUCCUACAGACAGUAUAGGGCUUUCAAAUGAGUGGAGCACCAGUCUUAGUUGUACAAAUAGUAUUCUAAAUCACAAUGAACAAACAAUAAAUAUUUCAUGCUGUAGUAGUCCAACAGUUACCUCAAGCUCAGGUAGCAGUAGCUCCUUCUCGCCUGUUGGAUCCAUAGGCAGGCCAAAAUCAUUAGCAAAUGGUUUGUGUUGUGAAUCUACCACCCCAGGUGUCUCUUCACCAAGCUCAUACUAUGCGCGAGCGCCAGGUUUUGAACGAGAAGACCAGGCAAAACAAAAGUGCCUGUCAUUGGAUAGUAAUCAUAAAAUGAAUGAACAAGAAAACAAGCAGAGCCAUCUCAGUGUUUUUUCAGUGGUUAACCCACUGGCAUCCAGUAUAACCUCCAGUAUAACUUCUAGUCUGGCAUCCAGUAUUGGCUCAGAUAGUUCAUCCCCUACAGCGCUAUCAAGUGUUAAUGCCAAAGCUCUCCCAUUCUACCCAACUAGUAAUACAGUUGAAUCAGUAAUAGGUUCUGCUCUAGACCUUCAUUUUAGCAAUAUCAGUGUUGGGUCUUUAGAUAAAGAAUUAGAAGACACAGAGAACAGUGACCUUGGCCUGUCAAGCCAAAGGUUAUUGGGAAGUUCUGCACCCGUCAAUAUUCCAGGUUCACUUGCACGUUCUUCUUCUCUGCAUUCUUCAUCUUCCCUCUCAACCUCUCCUCUCAGCUCUUUAUCUCAAUCACUGUCUCAGUCUUACCUUGCAUCCAGUAUGGUGCCACGACAGCAGCAUCAAGCUCAGUCUCUGAAAUCCGAGCAGAGUAUCCAAGGCACUUCAACAUCUUCUCACAACUCAUUAGGUUUAAAUGGCGUGACUGGCAGUAUUUGGGAUUUUGUCAGUGGAAACUACUCCCCCAGCCCUUCUCCUGUUUUUAGCAGUGGCACUACUUCCUUAACUAAUACCAGUUCUAGUUCCUGUGAGUUAUCUCGUGUUAGAAAAGAACUUGAUGAAGCCAAGAGGAAAAUUAAGAGAUGGGAAGAUUCAUGGCAGCAAGUAAAGCAGGCAUGUGAUGCAUGGCAAAAAGAAGCCCAAGAAGCAAAAGAGCGGUCAAAAGUGGCAGACACAGAUAGAGAACUUGCUCUUCUUCAAAAGGAUGAGGUUGAAGUCAAGUUAAAGAAGCUCCAAGAGGAAUAUGAUGAUUUAAAAGUAUCUCCACCAUUCUCUAUAAUGAGACAAUAUGGAGAUGUAGAAAAUCUUCCUUUGCCAAAGUUACAUUCAUUGAAAAGUCAACUGUGUUCUGACUUAGAAACAAUCGAUGGGUUAAUAUUCCAACAACAUUCCCAGAAAUGUGUUGUUUGUCACGAACAUGAUAGAAGUUUAGCCCUACAAACAUGUCAGCAUUAUGUACUAUGUGAGCAGUGUGCAUCUAACAAACAAGAAUGUCCUUACUGCAAGACCAAAAGAAUGAAAUGGUGAUGAGCCGUCAAUCCACGGUGAAACCUCUUCUGUGUCAUCUAAUUUGACUAAAGAUUGCAUUGUAUGUUUUAGUAUUUGAUAUAUCAAAUAGAAAUAUUAGGAGAAAAACUGUUAUAUAUUUUACUAGUGAUAGACUGAUAUCUACCCUCAUAGGGCACCAUGGUUCUCAAAUCAGAAGCUCAUAUUGGCGCACUAGGAAUUUAUAUGUUUAAUCAAAUCAAGGUUUUGGACUGUUUGGUACUUGUUUCUAUAUGUUUUACACGUCAUACUCAUGACAUCUGUUUAUAUGAUGCUACUCAAUUGGCUCCCAUUUUUAUUUCGUCAGGAGUCUAGCAUGUUAAAAGGAGGAGAUGUGGGGUUCUGUAUUGAUAGGUCGUUCAAAAACAUUAUUUAAAACAAUUCAAUAUAUAAGUAUACCAGGUUUUACAUACCAACAACUCAAACAACUGCUCUGCUGUUUGCAGUCACAUUUUUCAGACUCAAGUAGGGAUUUCCAAGGUGAACAACACCGAAAAAUAUGCUUCAAUCUGAAACAUAAAUACAUUCUCCAUCCAGUAAGGUCUAGAACGUUUGGUAGGAGCUACAUAUACUCAAUAAUUUGGAGGUGACUGCAGCCUUCUGGUGGCUACUUUUGCUGUGGUUGGUGCAGAACUUUCCUGUGGCUCUCGCAUGUGCUUAAAUAAGUCAGCUGUGAGGAAUUAAACAUAUUUUCCUGUUAGUGUCCCUUUUCAACCACUACCUUUGAGCAAAUGACUGUACAUUAUCCUAGAGGGCCAAUCAUAAGCAGUCCCGUUGAAUGGGUCUGUUUAUGUUGAAAUGUAACAUUAUUCACACAUUAAUGUGCUUGCAUGUAUUCAUUUUUACGUACAUAUUUUCAAGUAGACUCAAUUGAAUCGAAAGUCUAAGAAAAGAUUACCCAAGCAUCAAGCUUUGGGGAUUGCACUAAAGUCUGGUUAGGGAAACCGCAUGCUACUCACAUAGUUAUCUCUUUAAAAUAGGCUCUAGUUGACAUCUCACUCUGUGUAUUUAAACACAGAGGUAUUUUAUUAAUGUUUUUAAAAGUUUUUUUUUCCAUCAAAGAUUUCCGUUCUAAUCUUUUCCCCUUGUAUUCUGUUUUAAUUCACAAGAGGGGUUGGGCAGGUAACUAUAAGGUAUAUUCAUUUUCCUUGGACACAUUUGGCUAGAUUCCAUAAAACAGGUUGAUGAUAAUUGCACCUUUUCCUGACUUGAAAGGUUUAGUGAAUCAAGGCUAUUGUGCUGAGGACUGUUGCAUGGUCUCUAAGCAAAAAAAAACAACUAUGUCAGUAUACGCAUAAUAAACUGUAAGCGGUGGAUUUAUUUUUUAUAUAACAGAAAACUGUUAAUAUAUAUAUAUAUAUUAUAUAUAUUAACACUGUUAACUAGCACCUUUUUGGAGUUAUGACUGUGUGUUCUGUUUUACCAGUAUGUCAGAAUUUCUUAUCAUGUUAGUCUUAGUUUAAAAUGAAAGGAAAAAAAAACAAUCUUUUUGUUCGCACAAUCACAACAUGAUACGUUUAAUUAACAGCGGUGCUUCUUUUAGUAGAGUCAAAUCCGAAAGCAAUUCAUGGAAUCAGUCUAACACUAUUUUUUACUAGGUUAUUUUGAAGAAGUUUAAUUCUUGUAAAAGCACUUUGUUAACCAGGGAUUAUGUUUAGAGGUUACUAUAAAUUGCUUUAAGCUGCUUUGUAGACUUUUUUUAAUAUGCGAUAAUAUGGAGCUUUUGUGUACUGUGAACUUGAAAGAUUUCAUGUCAGUUAAUUACUGUUGAAUAUUAGUGUAGUAAAAAUAUUGUUAGAUUUUCAUAUGCUGAAUUUAGUACUUAAAUGGAUGCUAUAUAGUAGUUAAUACAAUUAAACUUAGACUAGAUAUUUUUUUUAAGUUUUGAAGUGCAAAUUAAUAGUAUUUAUAAAUAUAACCAGCAAAUGGAUUCAUAAUAAGGCACAUAUUUACAAUAUUAUGAGCAUUUAGAAAAUCACUCUAUUGAAGGAACCAUUUUCAUGUUGCUUAUUUUUUUAAUUAUUAUUUUUUUGUAAACAAACUUGUUCAAAUUUAUGGAAAUGUGUUGAAUGUUUUGAGUGUCUUUUUAAUAGCUUUUGUAAUGAUAUUGUUUUUUUUAUCAUAAUUUAACUUCAUGCUAUCAUACAUUUUAUAAGCUUAUAUGUGAAUUGAGGUCACAUGGCCACUUUUUUAAGUGCCUAUGCCUUUCAGCAGCUAAAUAGAGUUUCAAUAAUUUUAAAUAUUCUGCAAAUUGACUUUAACUGAUUAUUUUAUUUGAAUUAAAUAUAUUCUGGACAUGCUUGAAUAAAUGGGAUGAUAUCUUAGUAAUUGGUUUUCACAAUUUUAAUAAAACAUUAUAUAAAACCUAGUUGACAAAAAAAAAAUGAAACACAAAAAUAUAGAUUUUUAAAUUUAAUAAGAAAGUGGUGCUCUUUGUAUUUUAAUGGGAUUACUUUUUUUGUUACUUAUUUUAAACUUUUCCUGCAACAGCUUUUAGAUGUAUUAAUACUUUUGUUAUAAUGAGCCUCCCUUGCUUUACAGUUGUUAAGGAUUAACAGCAUUGGUUAAUGAACUAUGUACAGUUUCAUUUUAGAACAGAUUGAUAGAAUGCACUUAAGAAUAAAAAAUAUACUGUAUGUAAACACUGUAUGCAGUUACAUUUUAUUAACUGAGCUGUUUUACAUUUAGAAGAAUUACAGAUAGUUGUGUGCUGUUUUAAUAUAAUGUGAUGUACACAUGUUUUUAGACCAGCUUACUGUGUUUAUUUUUUGGUUAUGUUUGAGUAUAUCUAUAUAUGUGCGUGUGUGUGUGCAUAUGUAUGUAUAUUCAUACGAUCAGCAAACAUGUCCCCCCCCCCCCCCCCCCCCUUCAUUAAUCUAUAUGUACAAAAGAAUAUCAAAUGUCAGUUUCCAAAUCGAAUUGCUGUUCAGAUAUUCAGAUUUGUAUCAGGAAAUGUGAAUCUAUAUUAACUCUAAUCUAGCUAUGCAUUGGUACCAUAUCAAAGUAGAUGUGAUUUAGAUUAAUGUACAAUACAGUAAAAAAAAAUAUAAAAUUGGUAUUUUUGUGAUAUUGUUUAAAGUGCAAGAAUUUGCUAUAAUUAUCAAUGGACUUCACUGUUUGUUUUUAUUUUGUUUUAUUGUUUAGUCUUUUGCCAAAGACUUUAUGAACACAGCAUUUUUUGGCUAAACAAAUGUGUAAAGUGUCUUGGUUAAAAAAAAAAAAAAUGGAUAGUGACCAAAAUUGUUGCAUUAAUGAUUUCUUUUUAAAAAUAUAUAUUAAUUUUUAACAUUGUUUAUACAGUAAUUCAUGCCAGUCUGGGAUGUGAAGUAACAUUGUAAAGAUAUUUAAAAAGCUAAACUCAAUAUGCAUAGCAUCAUUUUUGUUUCUAUUUUAGGAGUAUGGUAAAAAGAAAGAAAGCUUAUAUUGUAAGUGCCCAUCUGUUUAAAGGCUUAUGGCUUUGUGGCAUUUUAAAAAUACAAUUUGGUGAUUUAAUUAUA